UUUACUGCUGCUGUUUGCAUUUGUUAGGAAAAUCUAUCUGAUACUGUAGUUUGGUAAUAAAGUACGGUAAAUAUAAAAGUUAAUUUAAGAUUAAGUACGUACUUAGUUUUGUAAACUUUUGUGCGGCUAAAUCGCAAAUAUCAGUGCAAUCAGAAUGUAAAAUCUCUAGCCAGUCGCGUUCGCAUUCGAACUCUUGAGUGCAUUUGCCCCUUAAAACUGGGCUCGGAACGCUGUGCAAUAGUAUAAGAGCAAAAGCCCAGGCCCCAGGUACGCGCACUCUCAGAAAGGAUUUUUAUUUGUUUGUAUUUUCUUCAGAAGAGCAAGCAGAGAUUAGUUGAAAUUUAAAAAUUUAAAUUUUGUUUUUUAUUGUAUAUUUUUAGUUUCUAUUUGCUGUCGAAUUUUAGUUAGCAGUUCCCGGAAGACGGAAACGAAUAUAGCACAGCCUUAACAGUCUUUGCAACUUGCAAGUAAUGAAUUAAAUACACUCGUGAGACGCCGCGCAAAGAUCUCAGAUUCGAUCAUUCAUUGUUUUGUUAUCAAAUUCUGAUGGAUUUUACCUCUGACUUCGAUCAUCUGUUUCCGUUUGAUCAACCAUCCCUGUUUGAUUGUUUUAACAAUGCAGUCGGUGAUACAGUCUUGCCCGAUUUACUAUCAUCCUCCGUGGCAGAUGGUUCGCCGUGCGCUCCACAACCGACCUUCUCUGAUUUGGAUCCAGAGUCGGGUUCGGCCUGCCAAUAUAUCCCGAAAUUCACGAGUGAUCAGCCCGUAAUUCCAACUCCCUCAGUUGCUAAAAGGCCAAAAUGGAAAAAACCUGCCGUCGGGCCGCCUCCGCCGAUACGCGCUGUUGUGACCGCAAAAUUAGCCGCACACGAUGCUUGGUGGAAUCAUGUGCCGGAUGACCUGAACAUCGUCACCGGAAGUUGUGCGACGCAGGCGCUGACGACGGAGGAGAGGCCGCUCCCCGACCAGUCUGUCGUCCCUUGUAUCUUUGUGGAGGAGUUGCUCAUUGCCUGUGGACAGGUCACAGUGCUCAAGGAGGGCGGGGUCAGCAGUGAGUUUGCUCUAGUUAAAGCCUGCUUGCAUGGCAAAACAAAGAAGGAGAAAGCGUCCAAAGUGCGCCGCGCCCUGUCCGCCUUCGAAUAUGCUGUCCAUGGCAGGGUUGAUGCGGUCCCGAGUGUGCCGCCACCGGAGCCGGCUGCUUCGGUUGACAAACUGAAUAUGGAUGAAUUGGCAGCAUCAUUGGAAGCGGAGAUUCUCCAAACACCAUCUUAUUCAGGGAAGCCGAUCAGAAGACGGGCACGGAAGACUGCGUUGCCGGUUGCGAACAACAUAACUCAGUUAGAUACCACCAAAUACACUGCCGAAGGAUUGGAGAUGGAGGAAAAUCGGCUGACGGAUGAGGACUCGGAAAGCGACUCGUCAGAUACCGGAGAAAUUGUUCCAGAUGGGGCCUGUGGCUUGUUCAAUAUGGCAAUGUGCUGUGAUAUGGCAUUCGACGAAGCACCCGCACAAAAGUUAAUUGCACAGACGGUGCAGACUGGUGCGUCGGCGGAAGAAUUGUGUCCUUUGCCGGCAUGCAAUAAUUUGCUCAGUUUACCCGAUGAAGAGGAGCACCUUAAAUGUGCUGGUCAAAUGGAAAAGCCAAAUUAUAUUACAAAGCCUGUGGAAAACGAAGUUAGCGUUCUGAAUACUCCGACUCCCGUAGAAAAACCAACACUGCAAGAAUCCCCGGAAAUUUUCGAUCGCAUCCAUAAAAAUAUUUCUCUGCUGAACGAAUCCAGAGGAAUUUCCAGUUCGGCAUCCGGAUCCGUUGACUUAUUAAUAGGCAGUGGACAACGUGUUACGCCGCAUUCCACGGCCAGGACUGAUUCAUUGGACGAUGACGAUGCUUCGGUGCAAUUUUUGUCAGUACCUUUCGUCGAGAUUUUGCCAGAUCCGGAAGCACUAUUCAGAGUGACUUCAAGGAAGAUCACGAAGCGGACAAGGGAGAAAAGUACAACCAAGGAGGCCAUCCGGUCUCCUAUACGAAAGAAGCACAUUGCCAUAAUUCCCAACAGCAACUUCGCCCGCCGACUGGGGCCGGAAGUGGAAGAACAACCGAUUGCUUUGCCCAGGGCUCAUAUCCCACGUCGGCGUGGCCGCCCGCGUGGAACCGCAAAACGUAUCAACUCUGGUUCUUCUACGUCAGACUCGAAAAAGAUAGUGGUUAACGGCACCCCCUUUGAAUGGUCGGACGACCUGGACUCCGGAGCUGAAUUUGGUGACAACAACGCCGCCGCUGGUGAUACGGUUACCAUACCGGAUAUCCCCAGCGUUGCGGCUUUGUCCAGGGACUCUUCGCUAUCGGAAAUGGAACUAAUGUCUCCGCAAUCGGUUACCGUGGUGGAAAUUCCCUCGGGGCCGUCAACUUCUGGGAAUAACUAUAAUUCUCCCGAAAUUCUGGCUCGUUUACCGAAGCCGAUUUCCCCAACCAUGUAUUUCAGUUGUGAUGUUAUCAGUUCCAAAAAUUCAAGACCGAAGAAAGGUCCAACCCAUGCGAAAAAACCUCAAGGAAGAAAGAUAUAGGUGCGAAAUUGCGAUUCAGGAGAUGUAUAGCUGCUUCAGUUUAUAUUUCACGUGAAUAAUCGAGUGUGAUAACUGAUAAGUCCUCUUUAUUGUACAAUGCAUUCACCAUCUUUUGUACCUUCAUUUUAAGAAUGGUUGCUUUCGUUGAAUUCUUUCGUUGCUUGGACUUUAAAUCUUCUUACAGUUUUUGCUUGCAAGAUUUUUCAAAUAAUGAAUGGUAAAGGAGAGGUGGAUUUGG